AUGACUAUUGCAGCUCAGAGAAGGGGCAUCACGUUGACUUCCCGGUCGCGACCAUUGAAGCCCGAGGAUUUCCAUCGCUUCGAGUACAUUAUUUGCAUGGAUGAGAAAAACGCAGACGACGUUCAAAUUGCUGCGGACUACUGGUCUGCCAAGCACCCGAUUCCUGCUGACCUCAGAAGCCGUGUGAAGAUGAUGACAACGUUUUGCAAGAAAUUUAAACGAGAUGCGGUUCCUGACCCCUACUUUGGCGGCAGCAAGGGUUUCGAAAUCGUUCUGGAUCUGUUGCAGGACUCGUGCGAGGGGCUGCUGAGUUAUAUAGAGAGAGAACGCUGA